UAUAGUGCUCUCUAUGAACUCUAUUGUAUUCAAAUUUGAUCAACUUUCCACAUUUAGUGUCACUAAUAUCGUACAAAGUUCUAUUCCAUAAUAUUACGUCGUAUCGGUCACAAAUAUCUACAGUUGUUAUUGGUAUAGUUAUCAAACUAUUGAGUCAAAACAAUAAGUAUUCAAAAAUGAUCACCUUCGAAGACAAAAUCCCAAUACCCAAGUAUUUCAGUGGUAAAAAAUUGUUCAUCACCGGUGGUUCUGGAUUCAUGGGCAAAGUACUAAUUGAAAAAAUAUUGAGGAGCUGUCCGGACGUUUCAACCAUUUACGUACUCAUCAGACCCAAGAAAGGCAAAAGCCCUGAGGAACGAAUCAAACUAAUAACCGACAUUCCUUUGUUUGACACAUUAAAGAAGCAAAUUCCAGAUAAUCUCAAAAAAAUUGUUCCUGUAUUAGGUGACGUCAUGAAUAUUGGUUUAGGACUUUCUGCUGAAUCCAGAAAACUGCUGACUAAUGAAGUCGACAUAAUCUAUCAUGCAGCAGCUUCAGUGCGGUUUGAUGACCCUUUAAAAGACGCUAUUUUGUUGAAUACUAGAGGUACAAGGGAAGUUGUGCAUUUGGCCCAAGAAAUGAAUCAUUUGGAUGUUUUGGUGCAUGUUUCAACGACAUACUGUCAGGCUGAUAAAAAGGUGAUUGAAGAAAAAAUCUAUCCAGCACACGCAGAUUGGAGAGAGUCGAUAUACAUCGCUGAAAACGCUGAUCCGCACAUAUUGGAUAUUUUGACGCCUCAUUAUUUGAAUGGCAUGCCCAACACUUAUACUUUCACGAAAAGCCUGGCAGAGCAUGUGGUCAACGAUUUGUGUAGUGGACAAAUUCCUUGUGUGAUUUUUCGACCAUCGAUAGUAAUUUCGAGUUUAAAAGAUCCAGUGCCUGGAUGGAUUGAUAACUUCAAUGGGCCUGUUGGAAUUCUAGUUGCUAGUGGAAAAGGUAUUUUAAGGUCUCUCUACACCGAACCUAGUUUAACUGCCGACUACAUACCUGUAGAUAUUGUGAUCAGAGCUCUUUUAAUGGCCACAUGGGCAAAAAGCUUGGAAAAAAAUAAUCAAUUAUCAGCAUCAGUUUAUAAUGGCAGCAAUAACAAUAUAAACAACAUAACAAUCAAUCAGCUAAUCGAAAUGGGUCGAAAACUAUGUUGGGAAUACCCAUUGAACAACGUACUAUGGUACCCCUCAGGGGUUGUUACAAGAUGCUACCCCAAUCAUAUCUUGAGGAUUGUAUUAUCUCAUAUAUUACCUGCUCUCGUAGUAGAUGGGCUACUGAAACUAACUGGAAAUAGACCCAUCUUACUAAAAAUCCAAAGAAAAAUCUUCAUAGCCAACAUGGCGUUGCAAUUCUUCAUUACGCAAGAGUGGAAAUUUGAAAAUGAAAAAUCGGCAGCUUUGGAAGAUGUUAUUUUAGACGAGGACCGAAACGAUUUCGCCUAUGGACGACGUGACGUGGAUCCUUACGAGUACUUUACAAAGGCUUUAAUGGGUGCCAGGCAAUAUUUGCUCAAAGAGGAUAAUAGUACUUUUGAACAAGCCAAAAUACAUAGUAGAAGAAUGUAUGUUUUGUUUGUAUUCUGCAACAUUCUUUGGUACAUCGGAUUAGUUUAUUUGGUACUUUUCAAAAUCGACGUAGUUGGGAUAUUGGGACGUGUUUUGGAUCGAUUUUAUUUGUAUUUCAACCAACUUUGAUGAAAUAUUUUCUUCAGCUCUAUAAUUGUUUUAGUUUCAUAAAUUUAUUUUAUUUAAAAUGUCACGAUUGAUGAAUAGAAAAUGUACAAGUUUCAAGCUUUUAGAAAAUCCUUCCCGUGUAGAACUUA